AUGACCAUCUUUCUCCCUUUGGAGGCCUCGUCGCCUUUGCCCCAGUCGCCUUCUUUUCUCGUGCCCUCCUCUGAGUCGUCUGCUCAGGUCAAGAAGGUCGUCAAGGCUAUACUCAAGGCCCGUAGGAUCGCGGUCGUGUGCGGUGCCGGGAUCUCUGUCCAAGCUGGCAUCCCUGACUUCCGGUCAUCAGAUGGACUUUUUCAGUCCUUGAAAAAGGACAACCCGACGCUGAGCUCAGGGAGGGAUUUGUUUGAUGCCUCGGUUUUCAACUCAGAACCGACGACCUCGAUGUUUUGUCAAAUGAUUGCUCAGCUCUCUGAGCUCUCUGAGGUUGCUACCCCGACAUCGUUUCAUAAGUUGCUUCGUGCACUCGAUGAACGUCGUCGUUUACUGCGAGUUUACACGCAGAACAUUGAUGCUCUUGAGCAGAAGUCUGGCCUCACUUUUGGUGUCCCAGAACUCGACUGCAAACGUUACAAACCUCGUUCUGCAAGGGGAAGAGUUGAUAGCACGAAUGAGGCUGGACCGUCUGUCGUGCGCGUCGAACCCGAACAGCCCCGGCUUCCUACCCCACCGAUGGAAACCCCUAGGUGUAUACCUCUCCACGGCACUCUGCAGAUGAUGCACUGUCAAACUUGCACUCAUUCGUUCCCCUUGCGCGACUACAUGUUGGAUCUUGGUGAGGGCAGGCCACCGUACUGCCCAGAGUGUACCUCCUUGGAAGAGACUCGUCAGUUGAUAGGCAAGCGGUCUCGAGGGGUGGGCAAGCUGCGUCCCAGUGUGGUUCUCUAUAAUGAGAUGCACAAGGAUGGCGAAGAGGUGGGGGAUGUUGUUCGCCGCGAUCUUCUCGGCAGUUCGAAGGGCAAGGGGCGGGCGGGUGCAGAUCUCCUUCUGGUCGUCGGCACAAGUCUGCGGGUGCCGGGCACAAAGCGGAUCGUCCGUGAGUUUUCGAAAGCCGUCCACUCUCGUUCAACGCCGCCGGUGUCGCAGAAUGAGCUGUCAACCACCAUGCUCGGUCUCACGACACCAACGCAUUCGCCACGCCGCUCGCCUGCCGGCGAUGAUGAGCCACCCAUCAAGACAGUCUACUUAAACCUCGAUUUUCCCGUGCCGACCCGAGAAUGGGAGGGUGUAUUUGACGUAUGGAUUAGAGGAGAUGCACAGGAGUUUGCUCGAUUGGUACAUGAAGAGAUGGAUCGGGAGGAGCAGGCUAAGCAGGCGGCGAUAGAGAGAAAGCGGCAGAGGGAAGAGGCGAUUCUGGCAGCUCAGUUGGAGGGUGAGACUGAAGUAGGGAAGAUCAAAGGCAAGAAGCGUAAAGAUGCUCCUGGCUCGGAAGUACCUCCUUCCGCUAUCCAUGCCAAGAGGCGCAAAGUCGUCGUUCCCAUAACUCCCGUUUCCGCCUCGAAACAUGUUCCAACGAAGAGACUGAAGAUCAAGAAGCCUGAUAGCAAGGUGUUGCCCACGUUAACGAAGGGUAAGAGUCGAGAUAACAACAAGACCAGGCUCAUCAUUCGCAUCCCUCCACGCCCGGAGGUACUCAUCACAACGCCCGCACCGAAGCCCACGAAGAAGAAACAUUUGACGACUCCUAAUCUUACGCCACCGGACUCCCCGCUGUCGUUUCCUUCGUCGUCGUUACCGAGGCAGCGCAAAUCGUCCACAGGAUCGGGCGACUGGAGCACGAGUUCGCAUUCUCCCCCGAGCCAUGGGCCAGGCUGGGAUGCGAAGCUGGCUGCUCGCGCCAGACGACAGCUAUCAUGGGACAAUUUGGAUGCCCUCAGCGAUCUAUCUGACAAUGAACCGCUGGAUGAGUGUGCCGAGUCCUAUCUGCCUACCGUCCCUUAUGCGGCACAUCGUCCGGGUAGUUAG